AUGGGGUCCAUCAAUAAGCAAGUUGCACGCUACGAAAUCACUGCUGUCUUCACUCAUCCUGACGCCUCCGUCGAUAUCGUCCUGGUCCAUGGUCUAAACGGGCACCCCAAAAGCACAUGGACCUCACCUUCACCUUCGUCUCAACAUGAAGAUGGUGUCUUCUGGCCCACAGAUCUACUGCCGCAAUCCCUGGGAAAGACCCGUGCCAAUAUCUUGGUCUAUGGCUACAACGCAGACGUCUAUACAACCAGUAAAAGCCAUGCAAGUGCAAGUGCAAGUGACAACUUCAUCUACCAACAUGCUCAGACCCUGGUUACGAACCUCGCCCUCUAUCGCAAGAGCGAACACACAGACAAGAACCCCAUCAUCUUCGUCGCACACAGCCUGGGUGGCAUUCUUGUCAAGCGUGCCCUCAUGUACUCCAACGACCUAAGAGACAAGAACCAAGAGGACGCCAGGUCUAUCUUCGUUUCCACCUUCGGAAUCAUUUUCCUGGGCACGCCACACACUGGAUCUGGCAUGGCAACAUGGGGUGUCGUUUUGCAAAACAUAGCAGACGCCAUUGCACCCAAAAAAAUGUUCGAGAGCGAGUCGGUCCUCCUCAAAACCUUGAAGAAGGACAACGAGACUCUGCAAAACAUCAAUAGCCACUUCCUCGACUUUUACCAGCGUUUCAAGAUCCACAUGGCCCAUGAAAAUCACAAGACCGACAUCAAAGGAACGAUGAUGACGGUAGUGGAUGCGAGUUCGGCCAGUCCGCAACUGCCAGGCGUUGUUUACUACGGCAUCGAGGCCCCUCAUUCCGGAAUGUGCAAGUUCAACAGUAGCAGCGCUCCAGGAUACAGAAACGUUUCAACCGCCAUUAGGACGUGGGCAGAAGAAGCCCCGCCAGUCAUUCGAACCCGUUGGGACAUUGAACUGGACGACAGGAAGGCUAGAGCACAAUCUGAAGCAGCCGAGAUCACUCGCGAGUAUAACAGUCCUUCAGAGACUGUCAUUUCAGACUAUAGACAUCUUCCAGCAGCUCAACAAUCAUCACCUGUUGACACGGCGAGCACUCGAUGUGCUUCUGUUUCUGACUCUGCCCCCCAAAUCUUGAACUCCGGUCCUCAUCAUGUUCAUCCUGACCGAUUCCGACCCAACUCGUUUUUCAAAGGGCGAGAGGACUACCUCGUAGAUCUUCACAAGCUGUUGAAAGACCCGAAGAGGCGUUCAGAAGGGACGUCUGCGGUUUUGAUACAUGGCAUUCCUGGUGUCGGGAAGACGCAUCUUGCUCGAGAGUAUUACUUCAAUCACAAGGACCAAUAUUCUGGGGGCGUGUACUGGAUCAGGUCUACCACGUUGCAAGACAUGGAAGACGGGUUCUGGCGCAUCGCGAAGACCCAGGCUAUCAAGGGCAUGGCUGCUCAAGGAUAUAAGAAUGACUUGUUAAACCCACACAACAUGGUCGAUAUCGUCAGAAGGUGGUUCAACGAGUCUAGCGAUUGGCUGCUAGUAUUUGAUGGUAUUCGCGUCAACGACAAAGCCAUUCUCCGAUACAUACCCGACCGGCCAAACAGCAGUCUCAUCUACACUUCGACCGAUCGGUGCGAUCCUGGGUCUCAUCUUCUUGACAACCCUAGCAUGAUGAAGUUGCCUUUGCCGCCAAUUCAAGACGCACAGGAGUUGUUGCUCGAAGAGAUGGGAAAGAAACAGCCGUAUAACACUGAUGAUCUCAGGCGGGCUCAUGAAUUGGUACAGCUGAUGGGUCGCCUCCCUCUGAUGAUUCAUGCCGCUGCUGUGAAUAUGAAUACCACACGGGAACCGCUUGCAAAGUAUCUCAAGACCUUUAGGGAUUCGCCGAAAGUUGGCGAGCUUCCUGCAUACAUGGCGAUUCGAGAUCAGUUGCAGACCCGUGGUAACCACGCUGCGUUGAAUCUGAUCUACAUCCUCUCCUUCUUCAGCCAAUUUAUACCAGUUGAGCUACUGGCUCUUGGUUUACGAGCUUUGGACAAGCGGACACCUGUAAAAACGGAAACAUCCAAGGGCAGAAGGAGUUUGACACAAACUUUCGUUACUUUGAUAAGUUUUGCCCUCAUUGAACGAAACGAGAGCGAUGACGUCUCUUCCUCAAGCUCACAGAGCGGUCACGACGCGGCUCCGGAGCCUUUAGAUACACUCCGUGUGCACAGUAUUGUUCAAGCAUUCUUUAUUGAACAUCUUGCCAAGGAGGGGCAGCUGCAGUUCUGGCUGGAACGGGCCAUCCGCGUCUUCUGCGCGUCGUUCGACGAGGCCUAUACCAGGAUGAACGAUGAGCCUGCCACUGGUCUUCCUGAAGACUACAGACAAUAUAUUCGGCACGGCAGAAGGCUGAAGGAUCUUGUUGACCGCCAUACUGUCGACCGUCCGACUCAUCAGGCUACAGAGCAACCCAGUUCGCAAACCGGACCCGUGGACCUUGUCGCUGCUCGAAGAGACUUGGAAGAACGACUUGCGAAGGUACCCGCAGACCUCAACGACUUACAGAGGACUGUAUCUACCCGAAUCAUCGACGGAAAUGAGGCUGCUCAUAAUUCUGUCUUUGAGCGCAUGAACAGCCUAUCGUCACAUUCCACAGACGCCUCUGGUGCCGCUGUGCUCCCUCAAUCACCAGGGGUCUACUCGCUCCAGUUGGAGCAAGAAUACAUAUUGCCGCGGCCAAUGGAUAACCCGGUUCACUUCCACAUGCCUUAUGUGCCUUAUGCGGAUGAACAGGCGUCUUCAGUCGAGUACCAGGGGUCCGAGGAUCGAACCAUAACUCCAUACCCGCCCGACAUUGAAGAAGGUCCAUAUGAGGACACGACCGAUGUUCCGUGGACUGUUGUGACCAAACACCGGUCGGUAAAGAAAAGGUCACUGAGGCGUUAUCAUGAUCGUGGAGGGGCAUGGAGAGAGACUGCCGCAACGAUAAACGAUCCUCGUGUGAGCAUUAGCCGGGAGUCUGCAAGAGGCCUCAUCACCCCGCCUCAAUCUUCCAGAGGAGGCAGAUCACCCAGUCACUCCAAGGUUUCCGCAAGAAGCGAAGCUGAAGCCGAACUCCUUCACAUCAAAAAGGGGUCACCACCGCCACCUCGUGGCGGUGGCCAUAUACACGACAAGGGCAGAAGCUCCAGUGCCGGUACAUCUGUAAGGCCAAUCUCGAUGCUCGGAGCUUCAAGUUACGCCAAGGCCGUGUCAGGAACCGCGGUCGAGGAGGAGACGCCCUCCUUUCCUACAUUCGCUUCUCCACCUUCACGGGCCGCGACAAUCGACAGGACAGCUGCUUACGACGAUCGGUCCGUCUAUAGCCUCCAGACUGUGAACAGCCACACGCCUUCCGCCGCCCUCAGGUUGAAGGAAAACCAAUUUCCAAAGUCAACUGGUUCUGGCAAUGCGUCUCAACCGACUGAACCGUCUCGCCAGUCGCAAGGUCAAGAACCCACUUCGAAACCGUCCUUUCAAAGUUUCUUCAAGCGACUUGGGAAAGCAGCCGGCGGGAAUAAGCGUCACGAGAAAUCUGUUCAGGGGAAGGUCUCCUCCAGCGGCUCGUCGAUCUCGUCCGCUCCGAGAUCGUCGGAAGAACUCCCAUACACAUACCCAGAAGACGUGAGAACAGCAAACUCCAGUCCGGGUCCGGCUUACCCACCACAAUUUCCCUCCGGAUUGUCGGUUGUUACAAAUCAACAGAAUAGUCUACGACAGCACCCCCUUGAUCGGCAGUCAACCUCCCAGCCACCGUACACAUACCAGGAUGAGUCUUACGAUGAUGUUCUUUCCCAGUCGGAUCCAUGUCUCGGUCGCCCAAGUCUGAACGUUUUUCCCGCCGAGAAUGUGGGAUAUCCGCCUCCGUUGCGGCCCGUCCCACCUAGCUCAUAUCGAGACAACUAUCGGUCGGGAAGUCCUAUGAACCCUCCGCCGCCAAAUGGGUAUUCAUCGCAGCCAAUGUCUAGAAACCCAAGCUCAAACCCUCGGUAUGCGACAGCGACUGGCUCAGCAGGCACGCCUUUGAGCAGCAACAGCGGGAGCGUCAGGUCAAGUCUCCCUCAUCGACGAGCACCGUCCAUGGUGGAGACGGAGCCCUCACCGCGCCUUUCCCCGAUAGAGAUGGACCGGGUUUCUUACGACAUGUGGGCGAUUAGGCAAAGAGGGGGUCCCAUCGACGAGGCGCUCUUUGGAGGUAGCAAUAUGCCUCGUCGACUGCCUGUCGGUCGUGUUCCCAGCUUCAUACGGGAAAGCCCCACAAUGAGCCCGCGGACUCUCCCUGGCGGCAGCGAACCAAUGUCUAGAUCCGGGUCCGGAGGUAUCAGAACUACAGAUGGUAGGCUCAUCUCAUUUGGCGAUAUUCCGGUCAACGUGGAAGAGGCGGAACGACGGCGCGUUCAGGCAGAACAUGAUCGACUCCAGCGGAGGUAUGAAGAAGCUGUGGAGCUUUCACAGCGGGUCAGAACUGGCGAGGCCGACCUGGAGUCUCCUCCAGAGUCAAGUCCCAUAGGGCUGGGACUGCGUAUGCCUUAG